AUGGUGAUCAGAUUCACAUCGAAUGUUACCGAUCCACCAGUGAUGUUAUAUAUGGGUGUUGAUAAAUUUGAAAAUGAAAAUUUGAUAAGAUGGGGUUGGCCCGAAGAUGUUUGGUUUCAUGUUGACAAAGUGUCAUCCGCACAUGUAUAUGCGCGUUUACCUGCAGGACAAACAAUCGAUGAUAUGUCAGAAGCUUUAGUUGAGGACUGUGCUCAAUUGGUGAAAGCUAAUAGCAUCCAGGGCAACAAAAUGAAUAACAUCGAUAUAAUUUAUACUCCUUGGGAAAAUUUGAAGAAAACAGGCAGUAUGGAUGUUGGACAGAUUGGCUUCAAGGAUGAGAAAAAAGUAAAAAAGAUACGUGUUGCCAAACGCAUGAAUGAUAUUGUUAACAGAUUAAAUAAGACUGAAGUGCGCGUAGAUAUUGAUUAUCGAGCUGAAAAGGAAGAGAGGGAUGCAAAAGAGCGUCAGAUUAAGAAACAAGAGCAACGUGAACUAAAAGAAGCCGAAAAAGCAGAAAUGGAAAGAAGAGAAAAAGAGCGUCAAAUGCGUUCCUAUGAUAGUGUUUUUAAUGAGGAAAAAAUGCAUUCGAAUUAUGAUGGUGGUAAUGAUUCUGAUGAUUUCAUGUGA